AUGACCACCAAUACUUCAGAGAACCAGUUUCUCCGCCCUCCGAGCGAUCAAGAAUUCGAGCCAGUCUACCGCGAAUCAUCAUAUUACAAUCCUUUGGACACAUUUCGACUGCCCAGCGGACAGGACAGACAUUACCAGCAACAAUAUGGCGACAUGUACUUCUUGCGAUUGGCCAAGUUGAAGCCUGCCGUGGAGGAAAUUGCCGUGGAGGCAUGGGAAGGGUUUAGCAUCGCCGGAGAGCAUGCGCGUCGUGUGGAAAGAGUGCUGGAUGUGCGGCAGGGAGAACUCUGCUGGGUUGCGGGAACAAUCUACAUGGACAUGCCACUAAAGCCUAAUAUUCUUGAUGACUUGACCAAAGAAAAUUACACUCUCGCCCCUCCUCCUCGCCCAACCUACCAAGACCCCUCCCACCCAGAAUUGACACAAAUCAUGCUGGAAGAUGAAUCCGGACGACUGCGCCUGACGGGCAGUACGCUCAGCUCUACACAGCUUGCGACCGGUGCUAUCAUUGCGGUCCUAGGAACGGAAAAUGCCAAUGGUGAUUUCGAGGUCAUUGACACCAAGGUGCCUGAUCUGCCUCGCCAGCCUCAUCGUUGGGAGAGGGAUGAGGUGCCUUCGACACAAAAAGAGUCCAGCAAGGGCAAGAUCGCCUUUGUUAGUGGUCUCAGCAUCACAGGCACAUCCAGCGAUACGCUCGCGUUGGAGCUCUUGACGGACUAUCUCCUAGGCUACACCGGAUCCUCUUCGCCGGAGCAAGAUGACGACUUACCCCCGAACCCCUCUGCAAUUACGAGACUGGUCAUUGCUGGUAAUUCGCUCGGUAUCAAUAUGACCAAUGAUGCUAGUGCCGAGAGUGCCGCCGCGAAGAAGAAAUCAGGUACCAAAAAGUACGGAUACGAUGCUUCCGCAUACAACGCAUCACCAAUCACUCAGCUCGACUCCUUCCUAGCGGAGAUCUUACCCAGCAUACCCGUCACUCUGAUGUCUGGUGAAACGGACCCCGCCAACUUCUCUCUCCCGCAGCAAGGCAUCCACCGUGCGAUGUUCCCGAGAGCCAGGGCAUACUGCGCUCCACCUCCAACUGGCGACGCGAAACAAGAACCCGGCUGGUUCGAUAGUGUGACGAAUCCAUGGGAGGGUGAUGUCGAAGGAUGGCGUCUGUGGGGCAGCAGCGGUCAGAAUGUGGAUGAUGUGCUUCGUUAUCUGAACUUCUCAGGUAACGAAGGCAACGGCGCAUCCACGGACGGAGACAUUGACGCUAGGGUACGGAUUAUGGAGGCCAUGUUGCGUUGGAGGUGUGGAGUUCCAACCGCGCCAGACACCAUAUGGUCAUAUCCUUUCCAAACGCAUGACCCCUUUGUGAUCGAAGCCUGCCCGCACAUCUUCUUUGCGGGCAACCAACCGCGCUUCAAGACUGCGGUCAUUGAGGGCGAUAUGCCCUUGAAAUUAAACGGCGCAGACACUGAGAUGACUGGUACUGAUAACAGCAACUCGGGGCCGCGAGUUCGUCUUUUGUCGAUCCCGAAAUUCAAAGAAACCGGAGAGCUGGUCCUGGUCGAUGUUCAAACACUGGAAGUCGAAGUGGUUAAAUUCGGAGCAUUUGCCGGACAAGAAGACAAAAAAUGA